CGCAAACUGCCCUUUUCACCCGAAGCGCUCGCUCGUGCUGCUUGUGAUGCACUCGGAGCUUCUCAUGUUACUCGAUUUGACAAAUUGGCAGAAGGACUAUCCAAUCGCGUAUUCCUACUCUCACUCAACACGGGGAAGGAUGUAGUAGCCAGGCUCACAUUCUGCAACCCCUGCCCAGCCCAUGUAUCCAAUGUGAGCGAAACAGCCACACUCGAUUUCCUAUCCCACCUCGGUAUAUCCGUACCACAAGUAUACACCCAUAGUGCAAAAGACGACGUCGGUGCGCCCUAUAUGCUCACAUCCCUCAUCCCUGGGGUAGAGCUCACCAGUAGACUCGGUGCAUUCCGCGCCUCUCCGGGGAAACUGAUCGACAAGCUCGUCUCUAUCCCGUCCAAACUCGCACAGACGAGGUUCGCAGCGUAUGGAGCGCUGUAUUUUAGGAAGGACGUGCCACCUCUGCUGGAACAUGGCUGUGGGAGCAGGGAGAUGGAAGACAGGUGGGCGCUAGGGCCAUCUGUGCACCGGGUUUUCUGGGGUGAACGCGCAGGUUUGAACAUAGACAGAGGACCUUGGCACACAAUCCCCUCCCUAGCUCAAGCGCUAGCCAAAGCCGAACAAGCGCAUAUCACCGCCCGUUCCACAUCUUCCGACUCCCAUUCCCCCAAAGCACUCAAAGCACUCGCCCAGUUCCUCCGCAUAACGCCCUUUCUUGCCCCGAGGGAGGAGGAAGCGAGGGCAGCGUGUUUGUUACAUCCGGACUUACAUGCUGGGAACGUGUUUGUCAACCCCGAAGGGGAGGUAGAGAUGACGGGGAUCAUUGACUGGCAAGGAGCAGGUAUUGGACCGCUCUACGUACGCGCCCCCCUUCCCCCCAAAAAAGAUUCCCUGCUAACCCAACCCUGCGUAUAG